AUGGCUCGUCGACCGAAGCGGUCGGCGCUCGCGCUAGCAGCGAUCGCAGCGCUCGUGGCGUUCUGUCAAGUGACCACCGUCCGGCACCGGUGCGCCGGUGGUGUGGUGGUAGUGGGAGCAGCGGCAACACCCGAAAGUGCCGAGACGGACCUGGAGGCGGCCGAAAGCCGCGACCACCAGCGGGCGGCGCUGCUCAAUCUGCCCAAGUUCGGUGAUCGCCUUGCGCCCCGUAAUCGCCCCCCAACCAUCGAAGAGGUGGCCCCAAGUGCGGUGGGAGCGGCAAGCGCGGGCCCCGGUAAGGCACGGCAAGCCCGGGGCCACGGUGUGUACGGUGCGGGGGGACGUGGGGGCCCCGGGGACAUCAAGCGGAGCGAUGUGAUGGUGGUCAGUUCGCGAAGUGCAAAGGGUUCGGUGGCGGAACAGGAGCUCCUCACGGAGGAGGAGGAGGAGGAAGAGGAGGUGGCUGUCGAGGAAGAGCAAGCGGUGGAGGAGGAUCGCGAGGUAGUGAGUGACGGUGGAGGAGCGCAGGCGGAGAACCACGUGGUGGAGGAGGAGGCGGAGGAAGGCGGAUUGCGUGUGGCCGCGAGUGCCGUCGGUGGUGACUUCCGGGGACAAGUGCGCCGCGUCCCGGUCCGCAACGAGCUGGAGCUGGUCGGGGUGGUGGAGGAGGGGGCGGAGAGGGGGCCACACCGUGGUGGGGCACCCGGGGGGAAUGCGUCGUCUGCCCAGGCUCACCGGCUCGAGAUGUCGACCGAGUUCUUCGUAGUGCCAUCGACCGCGGCAUCCGCGGCCUCCCGCUCCACGAUCGUUCCCCGGCCGCCGCCGGGGGGCGUUAUCCUUGCGGCCCGGCGCCCCCUCCCACCAUCGGCGCCGCUGCCACCGGGCAGCGGUGGCCGUGCGUCCGCGCCGCAACCACCGACGGUGGUGGCCACGGCCGAAUAUGGCGCGGGUGGGGGUGCGGGUGGCGGGGCGCUGCGCAAGGAACCGUGGGUGGUGCCGGUCCUGGUGCUCGCCUCCCUCUCGAUGCUGAUGAUGGCCGCGUUCGAGGUGUUCGUCCUGUGCAAAGCCUGGCGGACGUCGCCGAGCCGGCGGCACCUCUUCCUCGGCCAGAUGCUGCUCCUGGGGUUAUUCGCGUGCUCGGGCCUGGCCGCGGUCCUCACCGUCAACCCGACCGUCCUGUCGUGCGCCACGAUGCGCUUCGGGGCGGGCGUCGCGUUCGCGCUCGUCUUCGCCUCGCUCCUCGUCAAGUGCGUGUUCCUGAUCAGCCUGAACGGUGGCGUGUACCUGCCGGCCCCGUACCAAGGGCUGCUGCUCCUGUUCGCCGUCCUCAUCCAGGUGGCGGUCGGUGGCCAGUGGCUCCUCACCUCGCCACCCGCCGUCGACAGCGUGGCGGUGGCGUCGGGUGGCGGCCCCGGCAUCGGUUCCACUCCGGGCGGAACGGCCAUCUCGAGCCGCUACCAUCUGCUGCUGACGGCGAGUGACCUCGCCACGAUGAACCCCCCGCUCCAGGGGGGGCCCGGGACCACCACCAUCAUCCCGCUCUGCCACACACCCUUCUCGGAGCUGCUCCUGUCGCUCGUCUACAUCGUGUUCCUGAUCGCGUUCGUCGCCGUGCUGGCGAUCAAGUCGCGCGGCAUCCGCGACAACUACCGCGAGGCGACCUACAUCGGGCUGGCGAUCGGUGGCAUCAUCCCGAUCUGGCUCGGCUGGACACUGUGCGGGCUGGCGGUGGCCGAUCGGCACCGGGACGCCUGCCUCGCGUUCGGCCUCGUCGCCACCUCGUCCACCGUUUUCCUGGUGAUGUUCAUGCCGAAGGGCCGCCAGCUGGCGGCGAUGGGCAAGGAGGGCCUGUACGUCGAGGACCGCGAGGAGCGCUUCAGCUCGCUGAGCCGCGCCGGCUCCGGCUACUCGCCCUCCUUCUUCCACUUCAAACCGAUAAAGUACGGCGUGAUGGGCCCCUCGCCCACCCUCGGCCAACCGAACGGUGGAGGCGGGGGUGCGGCGGCCGCCCUGGUCGCCGGAACCACCACCACCUCCAAGCAUCAGGCCGUCGCCACCCUCGGUGGAGAUCGCGUUGCACUGGUUACGGCACCACCGAGCUAUACGCCACGCAUGUAUCAUUACUUUCCAGCACACAUGACACACCCCUUCUGUUACUACCCCUCACUGGCACCGCAACAGGCGCGAUACCCAGGUCUGUUCAUGCGACCGGAUGAGACGAACCUGUACACCACGCUCGAGCAAACGAUGAGCAGCAACCCGAACGUGUACUUCCAACGUGGAGGCGGCGUCCAUCCGGGAAUGAUGUACUGA